AUGGCAGCACACCAUACAGAGUUGUCUCCUCUAGAUAAAGGAAAAAUACUGGCAUAUAUAGAAAAUUUUAAUACUAUACAAAUAGCAAAAAAAAUAGGAUGUGACCCUACCACCAUACACCAAUUUAUUGACAGAUACAAGAAGACAGGAAAUACUGAAAAUUUACCAUAUUCAGGAUGGCCACCUGCUCUCAAUAAUAAUGAAAAAAAUAAACUCAUAAAUGAAACACUAUACGAUACUGGAAUUCACUUCCAUGUUUCUGCAAAAAAGCCUUUUGUGUCAGAAAGGCAUGCAUCUGCUUGUAUUAGUUGGUGUGAAAAAUAUAGAGAUAAAAAGGCUUAUGAUUGGGUGCAAGUUAUUUUCUCAGAUGUAUCAAGUGUUGAGAUUGGAAAGCAGUCACAGCAAAUAAGAGUUUGGAGAGGUGUAGGAGAAGGUUUAGUUUCUGUGGGGGACAUCGAACUUGGUGUGCAAAGAAAUAAACGAAUCAUCCGUGUUGGUGAUAAGGCCACGACAAAUACUAGACGCACCAAAAACCAUCAUGGUAAUGAUAAAAAUAAAAAUAAAUCCAGCAAAAAUGAUAAUCAAGAUGGCGAUUUGCAUACACUUGAGGAAUAG